AACAUUUACCAACCAGUUUAGCCGAACCCACUUUACAUUAACAACAAACAGAGGCUGCAAACACAUGCAAACAAGUAGCUGCCGUGUUUCCAUCUGCCUUUCGGUCACACGGGUCAGCCUUUACUCGUUGCAAACCUCCAGGAAGAAUCGCCCAAUGAGAGUCAGUCGCUACUCUUAUGUACGAUGAACACCGAGGACAAGUUGGAGGGCAUGCUGUUUAAGUGCAGCAGCGGCGGGAUAGACAGCAGUGGGAGAGUCGGCCUGGUGAUGACGCUGGGGGAACGAUCUCUGGCAGAUCACCCGUUGUUGGCAGAAGACGAUGACGAUGAGAGCGAAGAUGAGAACUUGACCGUGAGCUCGCUGGUGACUCACGACUUGGUACCUCCCGAGCAGCUGAUGAUGCAGGAGAUGUCCAAGAACAGUGGCGGAGGUGAUGAAGAGGGAGGAGGAGAGGUGGGAGUGCAUUUCCCCCUGAAGCUCACCCAUAAAUUGCCCUGCUUGCCUCUGAGCAUCAAGCAAGAAUUAAAACUGACCGAGCACCCACUGCAGAUGAAGAAGGACAAAAAAGCAGUCAAGGACCUGAUAGUGUGUCCCAAGAAGAAGAAAAGGAAACAGCGAUCACCAGCAAAGAUUCUAAGCAUUAACGAGGACGGUUCAUUUGGCAUCCAAAGCCCCAAGUGCCAUGUUUGUAUUCACUGUAAUGCAGCAUUCAGAACUAACUACCAUCUACAGAGGCAUGUCUUCAUUCACACAGGUGAGAAACCAUUUCAGUGCAGCCAGUGCGACAUGCGCUUCAUUCAGAAAUACCUUCUCCAGAGACAUGAGAAAAUCCACACCGGUGAGAAGCCUUUCCGCUGCGAUGAGUGCGGCAUGAAGUUCAUCCAGAAAUACCACAUGGAGAGACACAAACGGACACACAGUGGAGAGAAGCCCUACCAAUGCGACUACUGUCACCAGUACUUCUCCAGAACCGAUCGCGUCUUGAAGCACCGAAGGAUGUGCCACGAAAACCGAGAGAGGAAGAGCAACAAGGCCGCCAAUAAAAGUGGAGCACCGCACGAAGCAGACGCCUUAAGCCCCUUUCUCACCAAAGAGUGCGCGUUACCCAAGAAGAAGCGACAAAAGUGCGCCGACAAGUCGGAUGGUUCUUGUUCGGCCGCCGCCGCCGCCGGCCAAUCGGGCGAGCUCGCCGGCGCCGUGAAAGAAACUGAAGUGAAAGAGGAAGAGAGACUCCAUAAAAGUGAAGCUCUGCCUCUUUUCGCCCUGUCCUCCAAAGUCAAACACGAGUAUGUGAUGGGGGACUACUCUGUGGAGCUUCCGGAAGGAACCGCUGGCCAACACCGAGACGAGGAGGAGGCGGCGACCCCGAAACUAGUCCUGAAAAAGGUGUCUAAGAGGAGGUUUAAACAGUCGGGCGAACAAGCUCCUUGCUUGGCCACGCUAUCCUCAUUUGAGGAAAACAACAAAGUCACCCAUUAUACCUUUGAAAUCGUGGACAAGCAAAGCCUUUUAGAUGAGGUGAGCAACGCGGCGGAGACUCCAGCGAAGCCCGCAACAAGUAGCACCAACUAUGACGACGCCAUGCAGUUCCUCAAGAAGAAACGCUACCUUCAAGCGGCCGCGGCCAACAAUAGUCGCGAUUAUAGCCUGAACGCCAGCGGCAUCUCGUCUCAGCCUACCGUCGCUCAAACGGCGGUGUCGGCCGUCAUCGACGAAACGGUCCCGGCCACCAUUCUGGAACCUCAGCCGAUCAACCCGGAGAUGAAGGCGCUUCACGAGCGGAACGUGUUGCCGGAUGAGGUUCUUCAGACCCUGUUGGACCACUACUCCAACAAAGCUAACGGCCAGUCGGAAAUCUCCUUCAGCGUCGCCGAUACGGAGGUGACCUCGAGCAUAUCCAUUAAUUCCUCGGAUGUUUCGGACAGCAGCCCCGCUGAGAGCCUCGGCGCCGGCGGUUCUCAGACUCAGCCGUCGACGGAGAAGGCCUCUCUCUUGCAAGAAUAUUCCAAAUUCCUCCAGCAAGCGUUGGAGAGGACCAGUCAGAACGACAGCUACCUGACGAGCCAGAGCCUCAGCCUGGUCACGGAAAACCCGACCUUAGCGGGGCAGCCGCUGUUCUCCACCGAGAAACAAUUUCCGUCCCCGAGUCGGUUCAAAUCGGGAACGAGCUCCCCGUUGAGAUCCUCUAUGGAGAAACCUCACUUCGGACUACUGGUGGGGGAUUCUCAGCACUCGUUUUCGUUUUCAGGUGAUGAAACCACUCCCCCUUCCACGGUGUCCCCCUCCGACGAGGACUUCCUUGAACAGGUGUCGCCUCCCAAAAAGACGGACUCCCCCCAAGCGAUACUGCAGACGUUUCAGAUUAGCACCUUCGAUCCCAACUUCAAGUCUCAUUUCCAGACCUCGAGAUCUGGUUCCUCGUCACAGUUUACAGGUGCCAAUGGACAAGUAAGUCUCCGGGGCCACAGCACAGACUUCUCAGAGUUCCCUUUAGUUCGAGUCGCCGAGACCAGGUCCCAAUUGAACUCGUCCCCGGACGUUUCAUCAAGUGAAACCUUUGGUUGAGGAGUAACGCGUGGUGCGAUUCCGACAUGAAUCAUUUCUGCAGCACUUUAUCCCAUUUCACCUGCUUUGCCAAAGCACAUCUCAUUGCGUUUGGAUACAUUUCUUUAGGCAUUUUGGUAAAACAUUACC